AUGAGGCGCAGCAUUUGGCGGGCUCCUUCCCGGAAGCGGAAGCUCGAGGGGCGGGCCAAGGGCGGCCGGGACUCGGCGGCGGUUAAUUCCUUUUAUCUUGCGGCUUUGUUUCACUCCGUUUGGACUUUUCUGAAGCUGCGAGAGAUGGUCAGGUCUGGAUCUCGACCGGGCCAGGUAAUACCUUCAGGAAAGCACACUGGACCUGCUAAAUUAACAAAUGGAAAAAAAGGGACCAAUUUGAGAAAGAUACCCCGUUUUAAUGCAGAUUCUGGCUAUCCCACUCACUCUGAUUCAGAAAGUCAGACUGACACUGUACAGGGGCUUGAUGGCUGUGCGUCUUUGCUGCGGGACAUUUUGAGAAAUGAAGAUUCAGGUUCAGAAAUAACAUAUUCAGAAAAUAGGUAUAACCCCAGACCUGUAGAAACCAAAAGAUACAGAUCCAAAAAGAAAGGACGUGAAAAACAUACUGUGCCUUCUGUAGUCCGGAAGGAAAUUUUAUCUUCAGGUAAUAAGAAGCAGAUACCUAAUGAUGCUUCUGUUGGAAGUGAAAGAGACUCAUCAGAUAUACUGCAAAAUUGGUCACUACAAGACCAUUGUGGAAUGUAUUCACCCUUAAUAUACCAAGCUCUUUGCGAACAUGUGCAGACUCAAAUGUCACUGAUGAAUAACUUGGCUUCAAAGAACAACCCUAAUGGAAUUCCUACUGCAUCUUGCCACACUGUGUCUGGUUCUGAAUCUCAGACGUCUUCACCUUCUAGUUAUGGUUUACGCACCUCUAUCCCAGUCCAGUUACCUCAGCAGCCACCCUGUCCUCCAAUGGUUCAUUCUGAAGUUCAGACUGAUGGUGACAGUCAGUUUGCAUCACAAGGAAGAACAAUUUCUGUGAACUGUACUGAUGAUGUUGUAAGGAAUUCCUUCAAUACCUGUCUUGGAGUUUCAUGUAACCUGCCCCAAGCUGGCAAACCAGCUACUCCAAUAUUUCAGCAACUGGGUCUUGCUAAUGGGGUUCUGCCGAAAAGACUUUCUGAGGAACCAGACUUACUGAAGUGUUUCCAAACAUACAUGAAACUGUUGCGUUCUCAUCCUGACAGUCCCACUGGCCGCAGCCCCACCUUAUUACAGCCAGCUUUCUUGGCUACUAAUGAAGAAAAAUGUACUCACGAACACAUUGGUGAGGUCAGAAGUGAAGGAAAGGAUUUAAACAUACCUCUGCGAGAUUCAAGAAUAAAGGAUGUGCAGAAGGCAAAAAACGUGAACCAGAGUGCUGAAAAAGUUAGAACUAUCAAGUAUUUGUUGGGAGAGCUCAAGGCCCUGGUAGCAGAACAAGAAGAUUCAGAAAUUCAGAGGUUGAUUACAGAACUGGAGAUGUGUAUAUCUCUGCUUCCAGCUGUAAGUGCAAACACAAAUAUUCAGGUUGAAAUAGCACUGGCCGUGCAGCCACUAAGAAGUGAAAAUGCUCAUUUACGCAGGCAGUUGAGAAUUUUGAACCAGCAACUUAGAGAACGAGAAAAGACUCAAAAGGCAUCUGGUUCUCUGGAAUGCAACCUUGAAUUGUUUUCUCUUCAAUCAUUGAACAAGUCACUGCAAAAUCAAUUACAGGAGUCAUUAAAGAGCCAGGAAUUAUUGCAGAGUAAAAAUGAAGAGCUCUUAAAAGUGAUAGAAAAUCAGAAAGAUGAAAACAAAAAAUUUGCUGGUAUAUUUAAAGAGAAAGAUCAAACUUUACUUGAAAAUAAACAGCAAUUUGACAUUGAGACAACAAGAAUGAAAAUUGAAUUGGAGGAAGCCUUAGUCAAUGUGAAGAGCUCCCGGUUUAAGUUAGAAGCUGCUGAAAAGGAAAAUCAGAUAUUGGGAAUAACAUUACGCCAGCGUGAUGCCGAGGUGACUCGACUGAGAGAAUUAACCAGAACUUUACAGAGCAGUAUGGCAAAGCUUCUCUCAGAUCUUAGUAUGGACACUGCUCGCUGCAAGCCUGGGAAUAAUCUUACCAAAUCACUUCUGAACAUUUAUGAAAAGCAACAUCAACAUGACCCGAUCCCUGCUCACACUUCCAUAAUGAGCUACCUAAGUAAGUUAGAACCAGAUCACACUCUUAUUACACAUCCAGAGCCUCUUUCUACAGUUGCCAAUGAGGAAAACAUGGUGCCAGAUAGACCUUAUGAAAAUGUUCUGCCCUCUAAAGGCCCUCAGCACAGUAAUACUAGGAGUAUGGAGGAGGUAUCAGCCCCUGGAAUUGUUCCUGCCCUUUCAAAACAGGAUUCUGAUGAGGCAAGUGAAAUUACGACCUUAGUAGAAGAUGAGCAUAAUUUGGAUAAAACAAUUUACAUUCCAUUUGCUAGAAGCACUCCUAAAAAGAAAUCGCCACUGUCUAAGAGAUUAUCCCCCCAGGCCCAGAUCAGUGUAGCUCCACCACAGCUGGUCAGUGGACUUGUUGCUGAAAAAGAAAAUACACUGUGUGCACCUGGAGUUUGUUCCUCUUGCAAAAAGGAAGAAGCACCUGAGAAACUUUCCAGAACAGCUGAUAGGGAGGACAAGCAGCUUCUCAAGAAAAUAAAGGAAGCCAUUUGCAAGAUCCCUCCUGCCACUGAGGAGGAGUUGGCGGCCUGUCACAGCCCCUCCACUUGUCAGAACAGCAACGUUCAGGUGAAAAGCAGUGCAGUCUCUGAUGGUAGCUUUUUAAAUUCUGACUUACCUUCUGACUGGAGCAUCUCUUCUUUUUCCACGUUCACGUCUCGUGAUGAGCAAGACUUCCGAAAUGGCCUUGCAGCACUGGACGCCAACAUUGCCAGACUCCAGAAGUCCUUAAGGACUGGUCUUCUGCAGAAGUAA